AGUGUUGCUGAUGUUUCCCGCCAGUGAAGGUUGAGCAUCCACGUGAGGUGGUACCACUAGUUAUUUUUACCUCCAGCACUCAGAAUGAGCGACCAUGACGACGAGCACACCAUCGCCGAGGACUUGGUGGUCACCAAGUACAAAAUGGCCGGCGAGAUCGUCAACCGUGUGCUGAAGCUUCUUGUGGCAAAAUGUGAACCUUUGGCAUCAGUUCGUGACAUCUGUGCUGAGGGUGAUCGAUUACUAGAAGAAGAAACCAGCAAAGUUUUUAAAAAAGAGAAAGACUUAAAAAAGGGCAUAGCUUUUCCAGUAUGUGCUUCCGUCAACAACUGCAUAAAUCACUACUCACCUCUUGCCUCAGAGGGCGACACAAUAUUACAAAAUGGCGAUCUAGUCAAAAUUGAUAUGGGAGCACACAUUGAUGGUUUUAUUGCAGUGGUGGGACACACACUGGUUGUUGGAGCUUCUAAAGACAACAAGAUAACUGGGCGUCGAGCAGAUGUGAUGCUCGCAGCACAUAAUGCAGCAGAGGCAGCAUUGCGCCUAGUCAGACCUGGCAACUUAAACUUUUCUGUUACGGAUACUGUCACCAAGAUUGCAGAGGUAUAUAAAUGUAAACCAGUGGAGGGCAUGUUGUCUUUCCAACUCCAACAGGGACGGAUUGAUGGAGAGAAAACUAUAAUUCAGAAUCCCACAGAAGCUCAGCGUAAGGAGGUUGAAAAGCAAGAGUUUGAGACGCAUGAAGUUUAUGGUGUUGAUGUUUUAAUCUCCACUGGAGAAGGCCAGGGCAAGGAGGCCGAAGCUCGUGUCACAGUCUUUAGGAAAACAGAGGAAAGUUACAAUUUGAAGCUCAAGGCCUCUCGAGAAUUCUUCAGUAAGGUCCAGAAAAACUAUGGAACAAUGCCUUUCAAUAUUAGAUCAUUUGAUGAUGAGAAGAAGGCUCGUUUGGGGGUAACUGAGUGUGUGGCUCACAAAUUGGUGGACCCUUACCCUGUUCUGUGGGAGAAGAGUGGCGAGUUUGUGGCUCAGUUUAAGUUUACUGUGUUGUUAAUGCCUAGUGGACAACACAAGAUCACAGGCCUACCGCUUGAUGCUCAGAUGUUGGAUUCACAGUACAAGAUAGUAGAUCCUGAACUGAAGCAAAUUAUUACGGCAUCAAUUAGCAAUAAGAAUUCAAAGAAGAAGAAGAAGAAGGCUGAGAAGGAAGCGGCGACAGUCGUAAGAAGUGAGGACUAGCAUUAAUCAGAUUAAACAUUGUUGUGUCAAACCCUAGUAAACACCCAGUGAUCCAGGUGGUACCAGAUGGUCUGUGUUCCCAGGAGAAGUCCCAUAAAUGUCAGUACAGUACUAAUAAUUAUUUUUUUGGGGUUAGUAAUCUCUUAAUUCUCAUCCUAUCAGUUUAAUCUAGGUACAUCACUUCAUGCUCAUAAUAAUUUGCUUUUUUAUUUAUAGUUAAUCACAACUUUUCUCAGUUGUUUAGUGGUGCAGUGAGCUCUCUUUAGUUGAUUUGUACUUAGACUUUUUGUUUUUCCCUGUGAAGUCUUGUAUUGUUUUUGCCUUUUAUAUUGUGUGUAUUGUGAGGAUUUUUAUUUUUGCUAGCACAGAAAGUAACUGAUUUGACAUGCAAGGGAUCUGGGCAAUCUCACAGGGGAUGAUGUAAAGUUAAUGAAUUCAAAAUGGGUGUAGCAUUCCAGCCGCAUUUUUAGUAACCCCCUACAUAUUUGCUGCUUUCAAACUGUACCCCCCUAUCCCCUAGACUUGGUAUUUUAUAACUCAAUCUGUAAUACAUGGCAGAAUGUACCAUCUGGGUUGAUGCUUUUAGGUGGGUUGUUUACUACUGGCAUAAAGUGAAUGUCAGUUUGGUUCUUAAUGUUGAAAAAUCUGAAUAUUUUGCACUUGUAAAUUUUGUGCUAGGGUGAAACAACUUUACUAGCUGGUAUCCUUGGAUAAAUUUAAGUGGGAUGGAUGCACAUGAUCAGCCCACUGUUUACUGCCAGUCAUGUGCACUUGCAACAGGUCCCCUAUCCAGUGUCUUUGCCUCAGAGGUUAUUUUGUAUAUCCUUUGUACAAAUUUGUAGGUAAGAUACAUCACCCACACAGCCAGAGUAACCAUGUACAUCAUAUGCAACUAAAAUUGUACCAGUGUGGCUGCUUUCAUUUUAAAGGAAAUACUUUGGUCUUUGUAAAUCUUUAUUAUUUUUUUGAUAGUGAUUUUAGUGGAAUGUAGUGUGUUUUGUUGACAAUUGGAAGUUUUCAAAUUUUAUUUUAGUGGUUGUGGUGAGCAGUCUCUAAAUUGAUGAAUUAUGUGGCUUAUAAGAUGGUCCUUGUACCCACAAUUUCCCAGAAAUCUGUCUUAAAGGAAAGUCAGGUUUUUAAGGUAAUGGGCUUGAAUAAUUUAAGGCAUUGCUGAUAGUAAAGGUGAGUUAAACACGUGAAUUUUGGUAAACCAUGCCUUAUAACACUAUGUACACAAAGAACAAUUAAGCUAUUUUGUUUCAAUUAUUUUCUAUUUUUCAUAAAUGCUAUUUUUUUUUUUUACCAUAGUUAAGGUGAGUUUGCCCUUAGUAUCAGAAAUGCCUGCUAAUUUCUCUAUUUCCCUAAUUAAAAAUAAGACCAAUGAAAUUUAUUGUGGCAUGAAGUUAAAGCAGCUACAAUUUUUAACCAAGCAAUAUUACUACUUUCCUAUUAAAAUAUUCUAAGCUUGUGAAUGGAUCUACAGAUGUGGGUGUCCUAGUGUUUCUUUGUGUAUGGUUGAGCAUGACAUACAUUCUCAUCUUUUAAUUGGAUGACCUAAUCAUGUGUGCCCAUCAAGUUUGGGGAUAUUUUGUACUCCCAAGCUAACUUCAGAGCCUUGCUGAAUAUUAACGUCCAACUUACCAUGUUUCAUCAUGACCCUUGCCACGCUGUUUUCCUUGAAGUGAAAAUGAUAGUGUGAGUGGCUUUUGGAGUGAAGUUUCUAAAUUUUAUUUAAAAAUGUGGAGCAUUGCAGUAACUGACUUUUUUUUUUGCAGUUUGUGUAUAUUUGGCUGGAUAAAAGUUAGGAUUGCAGUCAGAUUUAAAGGCUGGUGAAAGAUAAACAUCUGGCUUGUCACAAAUUCAUCUUACUCUUUGAGUAAGUGUGUGAGUGAGAGUGAGUGUGUGAGUGAGUGUGAGUGUGUGUGAGUGAGUGUGUGUUAGUUACCAUUUUGUUAAUAGCACAUGUCGAUUCAACACUAGGCCUGUGUGUGUGUGUGUGUGUGUGUGUGUGUGUGUGUGUGUGUGUGUGUGUGUGUGUGUGUAUAUGUGUGUGUGUGUGUGUGAGUGCGAGUGUGUGAGUAAGAGUGUGUGAGUGAGUGUGUGAGUGAGUGUGUGAGUGAGUGUGUGAGAGUGUGUGUGAGUGUGUGAGUGAGAGUGAGUGAGUGAGAGUGUGUGAGUGAGAGUGUGUGAGUGAGAGUGUGUGAGUGAGAGUGUGUGAGUGAGUGUGUGAGUGAGAGUGUGAGAGUGAGAGUGUGAGAGUGAGAGUGUGUGAGUGAGAGUGUGUGAGUGAGAGUGUGUGAGUGAGAGUGUGUGAGUGAGAGUGUGUGAGUGAGAGUGUGUGAGUGAGAGUGUGUGAGUGAGAGUGUGUGAGUGAGAGUGUGUGAGUGAGUGUGUGUGAGUGAGUGUGUGUGAGUGAGAGUGUGUGAGUGAGUGUGUGUGAGUGAGAGUGUGUGAGUGAGAGUGUGUGAGAGUGUGUGAGUGAGUGUGUGUGAGUGAGUGUGUGUGAGUGAGUGUGUGUGAGUGAGAGUGUGUGAGUGAGAGUGUGUGAGUGAGAGUGUGUGAGUGAGAGUGUGUGAGUGAGAGUGUGUGAGUGAGAGUGUGUGAGUGAGAGUGUGUGAGUGAGAGUGUGUGAGUGAGAGUGUGUGAGUGAGAGUGUGUGAGUGAGAGUGUGUGAGUGAGAGUGUGUGAGUGAGAGUGUGAGAGUGAGAGUGUGAGAGUGAGAGUGUGAGAGUGAGAGUGUGAGAGUGAGGGUGUGUGAGUGAGGGUGUGUGAGUGAGGUGUGUGUGAGUGAGUGUGUGUGAGAGUGAGUGUGUGUGAGAGUGAGGUGUGUGUGAGAGUGAGUGUGUGUGAGAGUGAGAGUGUGUGAGAGCAUGUGUGUGAGUGAGUGUGUGGUGUGUGAGUGUGUGAGUGUGUGUGUGAGUGUGUGUGUGUGAGUGUUAGUGUGAGUGUGUGUGUGUGUGUUUGUGUGUGUGUGUGUGUGGUGUGUGUGUGUGUGUGUGUGUGUGUGUGUGUGUGUUACCAUUUUGUCCAUAGCACAUGUCGAUUCGACACUAGGCCUGUGUGUGUGAAUUAGGCAUUAGAACUGAUAAUCUAAAAUCAUUGAAUGUUUGAAAUUAUUAUUUAGAUCAGCAGUAUAAUCUAAUUAAAAAUCUCUUUAAAAAGUAUACAUUAAUGUAGUAUACCCACAAAGAGCUUUCACCCUAUGGGAUGAAAGUACUUAAGAGGAUUACUGUAUUGUUUUCAUUAUGGUUAUAAUGCAUAUUUGAGAUUGCCUGUUUUUGGUGAUUUUUACAUUUACAAUUUUAUUAUUUUGUAAAUGUGUACAGAUAUGCAGUUUACAUUUAUAAUGU